AACAAAUAUAUUAUUAGAGAUAAAUAACUAAUUGUAUGCAAAAAUGAACAAGUUCAUAUUUUUGACUUUUAUUAUAACAAUUGUUUCGUUGUCCACAAUAUCUUGUGAGUCAGGUGUGUGUUCGUGGUAUGGCAUAGGACUGGACGGCGCUUAUACAGCUAGUGGUGAGAAGUAUGACCACACAAAGCUAACGGCUGCACACAAGACACUGCCUUUUGGUACAAUGGUUAGGGCGACCUGUAAUGGUAAAAGUGUUGUGGUCCGAGUCAACGAUAGGGGACCGUUUGUUGCCGGACGCAUACUAGACCUUAGCAUUGCCGGCGCUGAUGUACUCGGCAUUAGAGACGCCGGUAUCUGUAGUUGCAGUGUUGACAAAGUUUAAGACAAUAAAAGUCUAUAAAAUAUCAAUUGUUUUCUAUUUCAAUAUUACACAAGUUGUACAUUAUUUUUUCAACAAAUAAAAUAC